CAACACCAUGUUAUCACCCGUCCUGGUGCUGGCAGGCGCCUUGUUCCUGACUCUUGUGGUGGCAAACUACCUCCAGAACAUAAUCUACCACCGCCGCAACGCCAAACGCCUCAACUGCGCCCCCGUCGUGCAAGGCCCCUCCGACAUCUUCGGCAUCAGACCCUUCUACCGCCUCGCCCAAGCCGUGCGCGAGAAACGAUGGGUCGAAUACAUCGCCAACCAGUACACCAUCAACGGCCACACCUUCGGCCAGAACGUGCUAGGCCGAAAGAUGGUCUCGACCAUCGAGCCCGAGAACAUCAAAGCCGUGCUUGCAACGCAGUUCAACGAUUUCGGACUCGGCACUAGACACCGCGAGUUCUACCCGUUACUUGGUGAUGGGAUCUUCACGCUUGAUGGCGCGGGCUGGACGCAUUCGCGCGGCAUGCUGCGCCCCCAGUUCGCGAGAGACCAGGUCGCUGAUCUAGAUCUCAUGGACGGACAUAUCUCCCGACUGAUCGAGCUGAUCCCGAAAGACGGAUCCAGCUUCGAUAUCCAGCCGCUGUUCUUCCUGCUGACCAUUGACUCGGCCACGCACUUCCUCUUCGGCGAGUCGGUGGGCUCUAUGGGCUCGUCCGGUGCCAACACCACCAGUCUCCUGGGUAAAUCCUCCGUCGGAAACGCCAGCGGCUUCGCGGAGGCCUUCAACACAGCGCAGGAAUGGGUAGCGUCGCGAUCCCGCGCCGCGAAUUUCUACUGGAUGGUCAACCCCCAGGAAUUCAAGGAUUCGAAUAAGCUCGUCCACGAGGUCGUCGACCACUACGUGCAGCUGGCCCUGGAGGCCAAGAAACGGAACCCCGAGAAGAAGCCCGGGGAGCGGUAUAUCUUUGCUGAAGCGCUGGCGGCGGAAUCGGAUGACCCCAAGCUGCUGCGUGACCAGAUGCUGAAUAUCCUGCUUGCGGGCCGUGAUACGACGGCUAGUUUGUUGAGCUCAUGCUUCUUUUAUCUAUCGCGUAAUCCGGCCGUGUGGAAUCGCUUGCGCCGGGCUAUUGUUGAUGAAUUUGGGGAUGUAACAAACCCUGGUGGCGAGAUUACGCAUGCAAAGUUGAAGAAUAUCCCAUAUCUGCGAUAUGUCUUGAACGAGACCCUCCGCCUCAUGCCCCCCGUCCCGCUCAACUUCCGCGUCGCAAAGAAAGACACCUCCCUCCCCGUCGGCGGCGGCCCCAACGGGCGCUCCCCCGUCUACGUCCGCAAAGGCCAAGUCGUCACAUACAGCGUGUUCGCCAUGCACCGGCGCAAGGACAUCUGGGGCGCAGACGCCGAGCAAUUCCGGCCGGAGCGGUGGGAGGAGAAUGCGCGGCGCGGGUGGGAGUAUCUGCCCUUUAACGGCGGGCCGCGGAUUUGUCUGGGACAGCAGUAUGCGCUUACCGAGGCGAGUUUUACCCUUGUCAGGCUGUUGCAGCGGUUUGAUGGAGUUGAGAAUACCGAUGAUUUGGUGAAACCGGCGAUUCAGUCGAGUCUGACCAUGUCUCAUGAUCGGGGGGUUUAUGUGCGUGUUCGUGGUGUUGGUGCUUAAUGGAUUAAUGAAUUAUGGGAAUAGCAAUAGUUUAUGAAUGGAAUCGUAUUUUUUCAC